AUGGCCGUCAACACUUCCGAUAUCGUGGGGGCCGCUAUCGUCACCUCCUUAUUCCUCGCCGUCAUCUUCUUCUUCGCGGCGGGACAUCGGAAAGUGGGCGAAAAGUUCGGGAAGGAGUCCGAUAAGCUGAAAAGCCGAGGAUUCGAAGUCACCAGCGACGGGGUCAAGAUCCGAACCAACAUCGAUCUGUCCCAGGAGGAGCUCGUCCAACGGGCCUCCCAUCGCGCCCAAGUCGUCAAAGAUAAACUCCACAACCAGCCCGGGAUGGUCAGCUUCGGCCAAAAGAAAUUCACGUAA